AGCUUUUCUUUCCAAAGAGAAAAACCCAAAGUUUUGUAAACGCCUAGAAACCAAAUCGUCUUCUCGCUCAGUCGUUCUCUACACAAAUCACCCGCACGCGCUCCAUACUUUCGACUGUACGGCCCCCAACGAGUUCCUAGAUCAUACGCAACAUGGCAGGUCCUAUGUUGAACCUCACAAUCUUUACAAAAUCAAGCUACCACGCCCUCCGUGCCAUAUCGCUUGCCACCUUCCCACCCGGCUUCCUCAUCCUGCUCCUCCAGGGCAUCUUCUCCGAAUGCGUCAAUCCCGCCAUCGGUAUCCUCCCCUUGUUCUUUUCCUCCGCUUACUCCGCCUUACUGCUUGCGAACGAGAAGAAGUGCGGAUGCCAAGCCAGUGGAUUGACUGGGACACCGAUUCAUUUGGUAUUUGACCUGCUACUUGGUGUCGGGCUACUAGCGUGUUUGAUCUUAGAUUGGGUACUCAUCCCGAACGGGGGUGCUGAAAGGAGCCUGAUUAUGCUGGGCACGUAUGGGACUAAUUUUCUCAUCUGCAAUUUUUUGAUACAUCUUUACUUUGUUAUGACGCAGAUCCUUGAAGCGCUCCAGCCGGGCACCUACUAUCCUACUUCAUGCCCACAGUGUCAGGGUAGAUCUUUCUCGGUUGGAAAGUACAAACUUAACGCGGAGUUGCUUAGUGGCUAUGCACCUCUGCUAGAUGGAGAGGGUAGGCCCAACAACAGUGCAGGGGAAGUUGCAGUGGGUGAGGGCGAGUCUGCAGUGUAAAUGAAUGUGCUUAAUCAGCAAAACUGGGUGGCUUUGAUUUAAAAAAGAAGGCUAUGGCAAUGAAUGUACAUGGCUCUAUGUCAAGUACAUGCGAAUCGAUGAUUCAGAAUCUAAACCAUUUUCACAGCAUGAAUUGCAGGCCUAGGAGCCUCCUCGGUAUGGGUACGAGUCAUUGCAAAAACCUUACUUGGAUCAGAGGUUCUACUAGUUGUGUUCUGGAAGAUUCAAUUAUCUGUAUGUCACCGAUUUCUAUUGUUCGCAAUCUCAAUUGAUUUGCUGAUGGU